AUGCGCGUCUCUGUCCUCUCCCUUGCCGCCACUGUAUUCGCAGGCGCCGGCCUUGCCACCGCGACGCCUCUGCAGGCGCGCGGGGACCAGACGAUCAUCCUCCCGCUCUCCGGCGACCCCAUCGGCACCUCCUUCGAGUUCCAGUUCGCCGACGAGUCCCGCACGGCCUCGAGCACGUCCUUCGUCCGCGCCACGCUCAAGAACUCGACCUUCUCCGCCGUCAUCGCGGACGACGUCCCCUUCGAGGACGCGCACCCGGACCGCAUCAGCACGAGCUUGAGCGUCCCGCCCGAGUUUAGCAAGGGCUUCUAUGAUCUGGUCGUGGAGGAGAUCGAAGGGGAUGGGAGCGUGGUCUUCACUGGGGAGUCGACUGAUCUCGCGUAUCUGGUGUUCUGAUACAUGUCCAAGGGGGAACAAAGGACUGGGCCGAGAGGAGAACGCCCGUGGAGGGUGGUUGCGCUGGAGUUAGCUAGAGACGGCCUUGGAGGCCACCGCUUGGCCUUCUCGUUUCAAGUCUUAUGAAACUGC